GUGGGGGUGGAUGUUGCAAAUGUGUGUGUAACCAUAAUCUUUGGCAACCACUAGUGUGUGUGAGCAUCGUCGCCUGUGAAGGCUGGAUCUGUACCCAGUCUGUGUAUGUAACCAGUAUGUGUGCCCAGUGUAUGUAACAAUCGCGUGUGAAAGCCGUGUCUGUAACCGGUCUCUGUUUAGCUCGCAUGGAAUCAUCGCAUGUGAAAGCUCUGUAGAUGGUGUGUGUAACCCGUGUGCGUGUGUGUAUAUAUAGUGUGAGUGUGUAGCCACUGCUUAUGUAACCCGUCUGUGUGCACCAGUCUGUUUGUGAGUGUAGCUUCCGUUUGUGCAUCAGUCUGUGUGUGUGUGGAGCCAGCGUGUGUGUACAACCUACACCAGUCCUAAGAUCCUAUAGCAGACUAUAAGAUCUUUGCACCAGUCUGUGUGUAGCCUCGUGUACCCACGCUCCGAUGGCAGGCUGCGCUCUCCGCCAGCCGCUGCCUCUGCUCUUGCUGCCGGGACGCUCCCUCAUCUGCUGCGCCCGGCUCCGCUCCACCGCCGCCGCCCCCAAGCAGAAGGAAGAAGCGGCGGCGGCGGACAACGCCGAGGCCCGGGCUCGGGGCCAGGCUCAGCGCCGCUUGCGAGAUGUCCCGCGGCCGCCACCCGCACCGGCCCGGAUGCCGGACUUCAGCAACUCCCGAGAAGCGUAUCGCAGCAAGACCAGCGCCCAGCUGCUCCGGAGCCUGCUCGUCUUUCGCCUCUGCUCCUACGACCUGCUGGUGGACAGGCACAAGGAGCUGAUCAAUCUGAGUCGGGCCUUGCUGGGGAGAAGGCUCUUCAGGAAGCUGAUGAAGAUGACCUUUUAUGGACAGUUUGUGGCAGGGGAGGACCAAGACGACAUCAAACCCUUGAUUCGUGGCAAUCGUGCAUUUGGAGUGGGCUCCAUCCUUGAUUAUAGUGUGGAGGAUGACUUGACCCAAGAGGAAGCGGAGACGAAAGAAAUGGAUAAUGUUCUUGCAGGACAAUCUGCCCGAGGAUCGUGUGAGUCUCUUGGCUUAAAAGAUGGAGAAGGAGAGGUUCAGCGAGAGAAGAAAUUCCAGCCUCAUCGGCAAUUUGGAGACCGCAGAGAGAGUGUCAUAAGUGCUCGGACAUACUUUUAUGCAGACGAGGCCAAGUGUGAUCAGCACAUGGAGAUCUUCUUGAAGUGCAUCAUGGCUUCUGGUGGAAGCUCUGAGGAUGGAUUUGCUGCCAUCAAGUUGACAGCACUUGGGCGACCACAGUUUCUGCUCCAGUUCUCCGAGGUGCUGGUCAAGUGGCGCAGCUUCUUCCGCCAUCUGGCCGCCGAGCAGGGUCUGGCCGGUCAGGCCGCAGUCGACACCAAACUGGACCUCGAACAUCUGCAGGAGACUUUGGCUAGACUUGGCAUUGGCACCUUGGACGAAAUCACCCACUGGUUCACCGGAGAGAAGAUUGGACUAUCUGGUACUGUCGACCUGCUGGACUGGAACAGUUUGAUCGACAACCGAACUAAAGUUGCCAAACUCUUUGUGGUUCCAAAUGUGCAGACUGGGACGAUCGAGCCAUUGCUGCUCCAGUUCACAGAGCAGGAGGAACUGCAGAUGAAGAGGAUGCUGCAGCGAAUUGAUGUCCUGGCAAAGAGAGCCCUGGAGAUGGGCGUCUGCCUCAUGGUUGACGCUGAGCAGACCUACUUCCAGCCGGCCAUCAGCAGACUGACCCUGGAGAUGCAGCGCAAGUUCAACACGGAGAAGCCCGUCAUCUUCAACACCUACCAGUGCUACCUGAAGGAUGCUUACGAUAACGUGACAGUGGAUGUGGAACUGGCCCGGAGAGAGAACUGGUACUUUGGGGCAAAGCUGGUGAGGGGAGCGUACAUGGAGCAGGAGCGAAAGCGGGCCAAGGAGGUUGGAUACGAGGAUCCCAUCAACGAGAGUUACAAAGUCACAAAUGUCAUGUACCACAGGUGCUUGGAUUACAUCCUGGAUGAAAUCAAAGUGAACAGAAGGGCCAAUGUGAUGGUGGCCUCCCAUAACGAAGCGACUGUCAACUACACACUGCAGAGGAUGCACGAACUAGGUCUUCACCCUUCAGCAAGGAAAAUCUACUUUGGCCAACUGCUGGGGAUGUCAGAUCAGAUCACCUUCCCCCUUGGCCAGGCUGGCUACCCAGUGUACAAGUACGUCCCGUAUGGUCCAGUGGAGGAAGUCCUGCCUUACCUGUCCAGGCGGGCCCAGGAGAACAAGGGCAUGGUGGCGGGAACCCAGCGGGAGCGCCGCCUGCUGUGGGGAGAACUGAAGCGACGGACCGUGGCGGGAGAGCUGUGCAAACCGGUGACGUAGAGGAGUCCUGGCUGGUCGACGCUUGGCGAGAUGUCUGCGUGGCCCCCUGGUGGAGGUGAAGGGGAACACCACGACUCGAUGCAGACUGUUCGAGCUAUUGGGUCUCUCUCCCCCCCCUCCCUCCUCUCUCCCUUCCCCCCCUCCUUCCAGCACAGGGUUCUGGUAAAACAAAAAUGAAUAACUCAUCUUAGGGCCAAGAUUCAGUGAGGCUGCAUCAGACCUUGCCCUGCCUCUCUCUCACACCCUGGGCUCUUUGUGUUUCUCACCAAAACCCAGAGCUAUUUAAUCAUCGUGCAGUACUUGUAAGAACAGUAUUUAAAAUCCAGAUGGGCGUGACAGUUCCACUCGUGGUUCCUGCUCACUUUACAAAAAAUAACUGCAGGUGCUGGUUUUCAAACGAAUGACACAAGGCACUGGAGUGACUCGGCAGGUCUGGCAGCAUCUCUGGAGAACAGGGAUUUGUACAGCCAUCUACUAAUCGAACCCCCUUCACUUGUAUCCACCUAUCAUUUGCCAGGCUCUGUCCCAGCCCAACGUUUGUCCAACUUACCUACCCUACACUACAAUCAGUCUGAAGAAGGAUCCUCACAGGAAACAUCACCUAUCCAUAUUCUCCAGAGACCUGACCCGCUGAGUCACUCCAGCACUUUGUGUCAUGUUACAUUAUAUUAGCUGAAGAGCCACAGGGAAAAAUUGCACAGACUUGGCAGACACCCUGAACUGCUGUUGUGAGAGGUUUUUGUAUGGUGAGCAGGAAACCUUCCCAUUCUGCUUUACUAACAGGGUUUGUUACUUUUGGUUUUAAUUGAGCAAUGCAAACAUAGUUUUAAUCAUUCUUCAGGGAUUUUCUUUUAAACAGGCGAGAAGAGUUUGGAGUCUGAAGAGUGUCGACCCGAAACGUCACCCAAUCCUUUUUGUGUCUCCCUUCGAGAUAAGUUUGGACACAGCUGCUGACCACCUUGGCUUAGUGCAGAGGUCACGCCCGUUUUUAACGCACACUACUCUAGUCGAGGGGGGAAGCGAGGGGUUACACUGCCUGCAGCUUCCGUGAGCUCUCGGCCGCUCCAGUCAUUGACUAAUGCAAGACCUGGAACAUAGACUGAACGCCAAGGAGAUUUCACAAGCGUUCCUGCUGCAUGUAAAACCAUGCAAACCACAUCCUCCCUUUGAAGUUCGCCUGAUUACGUGACGUACUGUACUCAAUUGUGUAUAUAUUAACUCACUACGGUUAGUGCAGUACUGUAUUACUGCAUUCAAACUGUAGGAAGGAACUGCAGGUGCUGGUUCAUAGUGAAAUGGAUACAAAGUGCUGGAGUAACUCAACAGGUCUGGCAGCAUCUCUGGAGAAAAACAAAGUGAUGUUUCAGGUAGGGAUCCUUCAGACAGAAAGUAGAACGGGUGAGAGGGGGGUGCGUGGAUUUUUUACAAAGGUCCAACUCUUGGUGUCCCUUUUCCUACCUCCAGUUUCCCCACCAUCCGCUACUUUCAGUCUGAAUAAGGGUUCCGACCCGAAACGUCACCCAUCCGUUUUCUCCAGAGGUGCAGCCUGACGCACUCAGCUACUCCAGCACGUCUCUCAUGUUGCAAGUUUGCCUUGUAUAAAGUGCAGAAUAGUCCAAUUAUUUGUCAAUUUUGGAUAUAUGUAUAGCUGCAAAUGUAAUUUGUUAAUCGCCCUAUAUUCCCAGCAGGUAAGAGGUCGUGAUAGGCACAAGAGGAUUGAAAACUUGGCUUCCCUCACUGGAGGUCUCCCUCCUUCCAGGGUUUGUGCUGCUCCUCUAUCCUGGGCUUAAUCUGAGUGAAAGCGCUUUGCUAAAUUUGAAUUGCAAAUACCCAAAUCAUUUUAGUUGACCUGAACCAUCCUAUUUUAAAAAGAAACGUGUAAACCUUGGCAGAUCUAACGCACAAGUUUAGUCGAUACUGGUUUAAUUGGUCUUUGGUGACACAGUGGUGCAGCUGGUAGACCUGGUGCUUCCUCACAUUGCCAGAGGCCCAGGUUCAACCCUGACCUCAGGUGUUGUCUGUAUGGAGUUUGUACGUUCUCCCUGUGACCGCGUGGGUUUUCACAAGGUGCUCCUGUUUCACUUCCUCACACAAGGCAUAGGUUAAUCGGCUAUUGUAAAUUGUUCCUAGGAUAUUGUUAGUGUAGAGGGUGAUCGCUGGUCCAGCAUGGCCCCGGUGGGCCGAAGAGCCUUUAUCUCUAAAGUCUAAACUGCCAGAAUGUGGUUUACUACUGGUUUUGUCCCUUCCCGAUAGCAAGCAGAGAGCUCUCUGGCUAUCCCAGGGGGCAGAAUGAUUGAUUUUGGUAACCACUGCUAGGAUGGGUUGAAUGGAAUAUGCAAUAGGAUUUGUUUCUUUGCAGGUUCCCAAUGCCAACUCUUGCAGCCUGUUCAGCUCUUCCCCACUGACUUCUGUAUUUUUAUUUCAAUGUGUGUUCCAUCCUGCCUAAGGUUCCCAAUAAAUUUUAUUUGUGUACGUA